GCGGCGACGCAGACACACGGAGACACCCGAACAACACAUACACACCGGAGUGUUUUGUGUUCAGUGGUCCCUACUCGCCCUGACUCGUCGACUGAGUGUUGUGCUAGAAAUUUUGUGAAAAUCCGUAGGGUAACUCACGAUGGCGGCUCGAAGCAAGCGGCAGAAUCCGGACGAGAUGGCAACCCUCGAGUUCGAGACUAGCGACGGCGUUGAGGUCAUAAACUCGUUCGAUUCGAUGGGUCUUCGAGAGGAUCUUCUGCGUGGAAUCUACGCCUAUGGUUUCGAAAAACCAUCUGCGAUCCAGCAGAGGUCAAUCCAACCGAUCAUGAAGGGCCGCGACGUGAUCGCACAGUCACAAUCCGGAACCGGAAAAACCGCCACAUUCUCAAUUGGUGUUCUCCAGAAAAUCGAGACCCAAACACGUGAAACACAAGUUCUAAUCCUCUCGCCCACCAGGGAGUUGGCCCUGCAAAUUCAGAAAGUCAUUCUGGCUUUGGGCGAUUACAUGAGCGUGCAGUGCCACGCUUGCAUCGGUGGAACGAAUCUCGCUGAAGAUAUUCGCAAAUUAGAUUACGGACAGCAUAUCGUCAGCGGAACACCUGGUCGGGUGUUCGAUAUGAUCAAGAGAAGAAAUCUCCGGACCCGCGGUAUUAAAAUGCUCGUACUCGACGAAGCCGACGAGAUGUUGAACAAGGGCUUCAAGGAACAAAUCUACGACGUUUAUCGAUAUCUUCCACCGGGGACUCAGGUCGUCCUUAUCUCUGCAACACUCCCGCACGAGAUCCUUGAAAUCACCAACAAAUUCAUGACCGAUCCUGUCCGCAUCUUGGUGAAACGUGACGAGCUGACAUUGGAAGGAAUCAAACAAUUCUUCGUUGCGGUCGAGCGCGAAGAAUGGAAAUUCGACACUUUGUGCGAUCUCUACGAUACUCUGACUAUCACCCAAGCCGUCAUAUUCUGCAACACGAAAAGGAAGGUCGACUGGCUCUCACAGAAAAUGCUUGAAGCCAAUUUCACCGUGAGUUCCAUGCACGGAGACAUGCCGCAGAAAGAAAGAGACUCGAUCAUGAAGGAAUUCCGCUCUGGAGCGACCCGCGUCUUGAUCACCACCGACAUUUGGGCGCGAGGUAUCGACGUUCAACAAGUUUCUCUGGUUAUCAACUACGACCUGCCGAACAAUCGUGAACUGUACAUUCACCGCAUCGGUCGUUCCGGCCGUUUUGGGAGGAAAGGUGUCGCCAUCAAUUUCGUCAAGAAUGAUGACAUAAGGAUCCUCCGCGAUAUUGAACAGUACUACGCGACACAAAUCGACGAAAUGCCCAUGAACGUGGCUGACUUGAUCUAGAACAGGCUUCGCGUUACGAUAUCUAAACACAUAAAUACGAAUGUAUAUCU